AUGGAUGGGGACGAGCUAAUCGCCUCGGUCUUCCGCAAGAUCGAGCGGGAGAAGGCCCUCAUCACCGCUGCUAGUAACAUGCGGCAGUCGACCGACAAUCCCCCUCGUGCAACAGAGAGUCGAUGCCAACAUCCGCGAUGGUCGCAAGAAUAUCGCUUACCUGGAGGAGAAAAUGAGGGAAUUGCAAAUCCGUCAGAUGAACCAGGAAGGUGGCUCACCCGGCCAGCAUGGAGGCCCGGCCCCCCCCCGCCCAAAGACCACCCCGGGUACGCUGGUGAGCAAGGUGAUGGCCACUACCCUCAGGGUGGCACUGGCUCGAUGCCUUCCGGUGCCCCAUUCUCCGAUCCCCGACCUUAUGCUCCGAUCCCGAAGGCGAGGCCCAAUUACACGAAGCUGGAUCUGAUCAAGUAUGACACUCCGUACCUCGGGCCGAAGAUCCAACUCAUGCUGUCUCAAUUGGAGUUCAAGCUGAGCGUCGAAAUGCAAUAUAAAGCCGGUAUCGAAAAGAUGGUCCGCUUAUACCAGGAUGAGGGCGACCGGAAGAGCCGAGCGGACGCCGAGGGCCGUCGUAUUGAGAGUAACCAAAAGAUUCAGCUUCUAAAGCAGGCGCUGAAGCGAUACGAGGAUCUUCAUGUUGAUAUUGAAUCCGCCGAUGCGCCAGACGAUGAGAGUCUUAGUAGUCCGAACAUGCGCAAACCGCUGACUGGUCUGCUGACAAUGCGCAUCCAUGCGGUCAAGGACGUGGACCAUGCGGCUAGUUCGCGAUUUUCUCGAGGACCAGAGACAUACAUUGUCGUUAAGGUUGAGGACACGAUCAAAGCGAGAACCAAGGCCACCCGAAACGAUAAAUGGUUGGACGAAAGCUUUUCCAUGGAUAUCGAUAAGGCAAACGAGAUCGAAUUGACUGUUUAUGACAAGUCGGGAGAUCGCCCAGUACCAAUCGGUAUGCUCUGGGUGCGCAUUUCUGACAUCGCAGAGGAGAUGCGUCGCAAGAAAAUCGAGACGGAACUCAACGCGUCUGGAUGGGUAUCCGCAGAUAAGAUGGGCGAGGGCGGAUCCCCUCGACAUGACCAUGGCGGUUCUCCUAUGGGCUCUUCACAUGGCCCUACCCCCGGAGGACGCCCGGGCACAUCGGGGCAUGGUGCACAUGCGCAUCACGGUGGCGAGAGUACAAAUGCUCCCCCGACUGUGACGAUCGAUUCCUGGUUUGCCCUGGAACCGGUUGGCCGAGUCCAGCUUCAAAUGAGCUUCGCCAAACAAUUGAAGGAUCGCCGUCCCUUUGACAUUGGUCUUAACCGUCAAGGUGCCGUGCGCCAAAAGAAGGAGGAGGUUCAUGAGAAGCAGGGCCACAAGUUCGUCACCCAGCAGUUUUACAACAUUAUGCGCUGUGCACUGUGUGGAGAAUUCCUCAAGUAUGCUGCCGGCAUGCAAUGUGCGGAUUGCAAGUACACCUGCCACCGCAAGUGUUACCCCAAGGUUGUCACCAAGUGUAUCAGCAAAGCCAACUACGAGACCGAUCCGGACGAAGAGAAGAUCAAUCACCGCAUUCCUCACCGAUUCGAAGGAUUUUCCAACAUCUCCGCGAACUGGUGUUGCCACUGCGGCUAUCUGCUUCCUUUUGGACGCAAAAAUGCCAAGCGCUGCUCUGAAUGUAGUCUCACGUGUCACGCUCACUGCACUCACCUUGUGCCCGAUUUCUGUGGAAUGACAAUGGAAGCCGCCAACCAAAUUCUCGAGACAUUGAUUCGUACCAAGCAUCACAACAAAUCUGCCUCUGUUAGUUCUGGCCUCAGCAACCGUACCCUUCGAGCAGGCGGUCCGCCGCAGCCCGCUCAAGACAACGCUGCUCUCUCCUACCCCCAGAAGCCGAUGGAAGGACCCUACGGGGUUAUUCCUAGACAACCCUCCGCAGAAGCGGUAAGCGCUGCCACUAACUCCUUCAUGACCCCACAGUCACCAACUGCUGCUGCACAGGCCGCACAGCGCCAACAGAUACCACCGAAGUCGCCCACUGGACCUGCCGCCGCCGCUGCCGCCGCUGCCGCAGCUACUGGGCUACGUAGCCCCCAGCAACCCCCAACUGAAAUGGGCCGUCCUAUGCUGCCACCCCAGGGAGCCCCGCAGCCUCAACACGCCCCUUAUGACCCAUCCCUUUAUGCCAAUUUCCCGCAGCAGCCACCACCCCAGGCUAUGCAGAAGGUACAGCCUUCACCUUAUCCAAUGGCCCCGCCUUCGCAGUGCUUUCGCAAGCCAUGCAGGAAGAAUUCCGAGGAUUCUCUUAUACUGCUGACUUUGCUUGAUUUCACCGAUGUGUGAUCGGGAUAAUUAUUGCUUGCUUGGACACCUGUCACGAGUUGUUAACGAGGGUGCCAAUUCGGUUCAUAGGCGGUUCAAUGCCGACACGUCCGGUUUCUUCAGAGCGCCGCGGGUCUCCCGCCCUUUCCAGCACUUCUUGAUCUUCAAAUUGCUUCAACAUACCCAAUCGCAGUUUCGUUUUAAGUGCCGGUGUGGACCGGACCUCAUGACAUGCUUCGACCGCCGGAUAUCAUGGUUAAUGAAACCUCCAGGUUGCUUUUGCUUUCUCGAUUUCUUUGUGUGCUUAUCUAAAUUGCUUGCUCUAUUUUUUC